AUGAAGUUACUCACUGCAGCACUGUUUUUCAUCCUUUUGAUCCCACUGCAGCAUUCCUGUGCUGUGAGUCCCACAGGCUGUGAUGCUGCUGAGCCCGUGGCUGGGAAAGCUCUAGACCUGAUCAAUAAAGGACGGUGGGAUGGCUACCUUUUCCAGUUGCUGUGGGUCGCUGAUGUCCACUUGGACAAAAUGCGAUCCACAGCUGUCUAGUAUUUAGUCUUGGAUGUGAAAGAAUCUGACUGUUCAGUCCUAUCCAGGAAACACUGGGCUGACGGUGAGCCAGCUGUUUCUAUUCGUCCAUCUGAAAUCGUGAUUGGACAACGUAAGGUGAUAGCUAUAACACUUUCGGAUGGGUCUCAGAAUCUUAGAGUGAAUGACUUUAACUGCACCACAAGUUCUGCUAUGAUCAUCUUCUCUUCGGCACUGGUCAAUACUAAAGACAGCCCAGUACUCUCAAAUUUCUUUGCGGAUACAGAGCUCUACAGAAAACAAGCUGACAAAGCCCUGGAGAAGUACAAAAAGGAGAAUGGUGACUUUGCUUCUUUCAGAGUGGACAAAGUGAAGAGGGUUGCAAGAGUUAGAGGAGGGGAAAGAACCAAUUACUACCUGGACUUCUCUGUGAGGAACUGCUCCAGUCACCACUUUCCCAGGCACUCUCGUAUCUUUGGAUUCUGCAGAGCAGAUUUGUCCUAUGAUGUAGAAGACUCUGACUUGGAAACCCCAAAAGACAUUGUCAUAAACUGUGAAGUUUUCAAUCUUAAGGAACAUACAUCGUUCCUGGUGUGAAGUGGUGUGAAGCAGCGUUUGGGCCAUGCCCUCCACUCUGGUGAGCAUUCUCCUGCUGGCAGGACUCCAUUUAAGCCCAAUGGAUCUAGAGAUCACCAUAAUCCCCACGAGUCACAUACCUUUAGAUGCCCACCUCCCCUAGAAGACAAAAAUUACUCAGACAGUCCACCAUUUCACCAUCCCCAUGGACACCAUCCCCAUGGCCAUGAUUUCUACGACCAUGGACCCUGUGCCCCACCACCCCAUAGCCAAGGUCCCCAAGACCACCAUCGCCGAGGCCAUGGCCCACCACCUAGGCACUCAGAAGAAAGAGGUCCAGGUAGGACCUUCCAUUGGAGACAAAUUGAAUAUGUUCACUGACUCCCUCCACUAAAGAAAGGUGAAGUUCUCCCUCUUCCCGAAGCCAAUUUUCCCAGCUUCUCAUUGCCAAACCACAAUAAUCCCCUACAGCCAGAGAUUCAGGCCUUCCCCCAAUCAGCCUCUGGAUCAUGUCCAGGAGAAUUCAAGAAUGAGUUUCUACAAAUCUCAAAGUUUUUUUGCAUAUACAGAGAGAGCAACAGCGAUGGUGGAGGCAUUUUAUUAUUUCUUAGAGCCUUCGUGAUGGUUCAGGAGUUUCGAUUCUUAAUUGACCCUCCUAGGGUCAUCAAUUUUAAGCCCGCUUGGAGCCAGCUGGUUUAA